AUGACCUCAGCCCUCACCCCCUCGCCCCUGCGUUACUGCUCUCGGAACUUUAACUCGAUGCACCUUCUACUCGUCUCCCUGGUCGUGUUUCUUUCCAGCUGUGAUAAUACAGUAAUUACAAAGAUCACACGGCACAAUAAACGUUCAAAGUUAGCUAAGAGACUAAAUGACAAAAAAAUAGUGAGAAGGUCCUCCACGGACCAGACGCUCACCCUUGUCAUCACCAAAAUUCUGAAAUGGCCUAAAAACAGACACAGAGAGAGCACCCCUGUCCUGAUUCUGAAACCCCCAUGUGAUGCCCACAUCCGGCAGACACCAGCUCACCUGCUGCAGGUGGAGACGGGGGAGGACACCUGGGUUCUGCUCUCCUACCGGCUCCUGUCGGGGCCACGGGGAGGGCCGGGCCACCUGCCAGGCGACAUCUGCCCCGCAGGCCGGCUGCAGGGGGGUCUGGGGGACGCCGUUCAACUGCCCUCCCACCCUUUAUGGCCCUUCAGAACUAUCACCCGCGUGGCCAUCUUCAAGGCCUGGCCUGACCUGCACAAACGGCCAGGGACCAACCCCAGCACCGACAGAGCGCUGCGCGUGUGCGUCAGGCCGGAUGCUGUGUCUGCUGCCACCGUCCAAGGGCAGGAGAGGCUACGACCGCCGCGAGCUGGCUCCUCUGGGGUCUGUGCAGAAGGACACCUGCCCGCGGCCGAGAACAUCAGGCAGACACAGUGUCACCAGGCAGGGCCAUCUGCCGCUCAGAGAGGGCAGCUCAGACACGCCGACGUCACCGGCCCCGCUCCGGCCUGGGUGCCGGAGAGCCAGCCGACGUUUUGUGGCACAGACGCCCCCAUUCCCGCCGGCUAUCCACCCCAGGCCAAGUCCCACCUCCACCCCUUCCACCUGCUUCUCUCGGGGGCUCCAGGGACAGGAAGGCCCCCCCACACCACGGGGCUCCCUGUUCUGCAGGACAUGGUCCGGCUCCCCUCCGCCUUGGCCAAGACAGGGCCCCCGCCUGCCCUUGGCCUGGCUGCCCCGCCAACCACGUGCCCGGCCUCCAUCACCAACUCUCUCGGCAGGGGCCCCUCCAAGCCUGGCUCCUCCUCAGCAUCCUCUUCCGGCUUCCUACGUGGCUCCCUCUCAGUCCGUGACCGGAAUGUGCGCGUCCGCUCAGCGCUCCCCGACCCUUCUGUGGAUGCGCCCGGCCGCCUCGCCCAGUUGCCGGUCUCCCCGGCCGUCUGUCUGCAGAGACACUGCUGCUUCUUCCGGCCCUCGCCCUCCCCCGUCCUCCCUCCUGCUUCAAGCUCACAGCCCCACGGACGUGGACGUUCAGUGACGGGGCUGUCUGUUUCAGAGGCCACAGGACACCCACGAAGGUCAAGGGCAGACAUGCCCCCACCCCUGUCACCCACGGAGACCAAGGAGGACACCGGCAACCUCACGGGUGGGCACUGCUGCCUUGCUCGUGGAGGAUACCACGCCACGGGGCCAGCCGGCCGGGUGCUCACCGGGGCGGAGGGGAUGAGGAUCGAGGGUCACCUGGAGCUGAUGCGGGCCCAGCGGCGGGCGGUUGUUCUGGGGCAUGCCGUCCUUGGUCCAGCUCAGAUCCCUGGAUGCCCUUUCACUGGCGUGGGCUCCACCGUGCUCCAGCCCCCAGUUCUGGCUCUGCCCCCUCUUUCUGGAGACAGCCCUCCCGCCUUCCUGCACAUGGAAGACGGCGAGCCUGAGGCGAGCAUCCACACCGGUCUGCUCGGCAGGGGUCACGGACGGAAGGAGCUGUCCUUACUGGCAGGUGGAGCCCAGCCAGGGGAAAAUCCACCCCCACGAGAAGGACACUGGUCAUGCUGGUUUGGGGCCCAGCCUGUUGAUCUCACCUCCACUGACAUCCGCAAGGACCCUGUACCCAACGUCGGGCAGGGGAAGGCUGGGAGCACCCAAGUCCACUGGGACAGGGGCACGGGCGUGGGGCUGGCUGGGAGGGCGACGCCGGGGAGGGACGUGGGAACAGAGAGCAGCACAGACCAGGGCCGGGAACCCAGGGGCGGGGCUCAGGGGGCCUGCAGGGCAGAAGCCGGCCGAGGAAAGGUCAGGGCAGAGAGCUUGGAGGGUUUGAGCAGAGACAGGGAGGCUGUGUGGUCAGAACACAGGAGGACAGGCAAAACGGGCGAGGCCUCAGCCCAGGGAGGAGCCGGGAUGCGGUUCAGGAAGGUGGGCUGCCCUUGCGGCUCUCGGUAG